CAAGUUCUUGAAUCGACGGCUCAGAAUCUCCGGUUCUUGAAACAAUCCAUGCCUAAACCGGGGUUCAUAUUCAGCCCGAUUCACGAGUCUCAUGUACAAGCUUCCAUUAUCUGUUCCAAGAAACUCCGAAUGCAUCUCCGUGUCAGAAGUGGCGGUCACGACUACGAAGGCUUGUCUUAUGUCUCUCAGAUCGAUAAACCGUUUAUAUUGAUGGAUCUGUCAAAGAUGAGACAGGUCGACAUUAAUAUUCAAGACAACAGUGCUUGGGUUCAAUCUGGUGCUACAGUUGGUGAACUAUAUUACAGGAUUGCGGAGAAGAGCAAAGUCCAUGGGUUCCCGGCGGGUUUGUGCUCGAGCUUAGGCAUAGGAGGGCACAUAACAGGCGGUGCAUACGGUUCUAUGAUGAGGAAAUACGGUCUUGGCGCAGACAAUGUUCUAGACGCAAAGAUCGUUGAUGCCAAUGGUAAAUUACUAGACAGAGCCGCGAUGGGUGAGGAUACAUUUUGGGCGAUUAGAGGGGGCGCUGGAGGUAGUUUUGGAAUAAUUCUAGCAUGGAAGAUCAAGCUUGUUCCUGUUCCUCAGACCGUUACCGUCUUCACCGUCACCAAAACGUUACAUCAAGACGUUGGCAACAAGAUUAUCUCAAAGUGGCAGAGAGUUGCGGACAAGCUUGUUGAAGAGCUAUUCAUUAGAGUGCUCUUCAACGUAGCGGGAAACGGUGGGAACAAAACUGUGACGACAUCGUACAAUGCUCUGUUUCUUGGCGGGAAAGGCACGUUGAUGAAAGUUAUGAAGAAGAGUUUCCCAGAGCUAGGGCUAACACUUAAAGAUUGUAUCGAAAUGAGCUGGCUUGAAUCCAUUUCUUACAUUUCUGGAUUCCCGAGCCACACUCCUACUAGUGUUUUGCUUCAGGGGAAGUCGCCUUUCCCAAAGAUCAGCUUCAAAGCCAAAUCGGAUUUCGUGAAAACCCCGAUUCCCGAAUCCGGGCUUCAAGGGAUCUUCAAGAAGCUACUUAAAGAAGAUAUUCCAUUGAUGAUAUGGAAUCCUUACGGAGGAAUGAUGGCGAAAAUCCCCGAAUCACAAAUCCCUUUCCCGCAUAGAAAAGGAGUCCUCUUCAAGGUUCAGUACGUAACAAGUUGGCUAGACAGCGACAAGAGACCGAGCAGACACAUCAACUGGAUCAGAGAUCUCUACAAUUACAUGACGCCUUAUGUCUCAAGUAAUCCACGAGAAGCUUAUGUGAACUACCGCGAUCUAGACCUCGGAAAGAACACAAAAGACGUGAAAACAUGCAUCAAACAAUCUCAAGUAUGGGGAGCUAACUACUUCAAAAACAAUUUCAACAGAUUGAUGAAGAUUAAAUCAAAGGUUGAUCCAGAGAACUUCUUUAGACACGAGCAGAGCAUUCCACCUAUGAUGUAACGACAACUUGAUCAAUCAUAUAAGAAAAUAAAUUAGAAGAAAAUCAGAUAAUGUUUCUUCUGUAUUUCGGAAAAAUGUUCUAGCUAUGCUUGUAGUACUUUGUUUCACUUUAAUUUGAAAUGUUGCUUCUUAGUACCAAAUUCCUCAAUCGACUCUAGAAUCCUAUUUAAAGGCUUGUUAUUGUUCUUGUUCUUGGUGGAAUCAAGUCGUUAAAAAUUU